AGGAUGUAAAUAACGAACCCGUCAGAACUGCAACAAGCCGAACAGCAGGCCAUAAAUAUGAGAUUGUUCACCUGGUCAGCGCGGAGGAUUUUAUCCGCUCAUAAGCAGCCGUCAGGGGGCAGACGAGAGUUCUGGGGCUGGCUGAAUGCUGUUUUCAACAAAGUUGAUUAUGAGCGUAUUAAAGCAGUAGGUCCUGAUCGAGCUGCUGCCGAGUGGCUCCUGAGGUGCGGUGCUAAAGUUCGCUUCCGUGGUUUCGACCGCUGGCAGCACGACUACAACGGACUCCCAACGGGGCCACUGGGCAGAUACCGGAUUGAAGCUAUUGAUGCCACAGAGUCCUGUAUCAUGUACCGAGGGUUUGAUCAUCUGGAGGGUCUGGAGCAUGUUGAGGAGAUCAGGUUGAAUAAGUGUAUUUAUAUAGAAGACGCCUGCCUGGAGCGUUUGGGUCAGAUAAAGACGCUGCAGGACACUGUAAAGCAGAUGACAGUAGUUUCCUGUGGCAACGUGACAGAUAAAGGACUCAUCGCCCUUCAUCACCUCGGGAAGCUGGAGAGGCUGUUUCUCAGUGAUCUCCCUGGUGUAAAAGAUAAAGAUCAGACUGUGGACAGACUCCAGGCUGCACUUCCCAGACUCACCAUAGAGCUAGAUCUCGCUUAACCAAUCACAGCACAUUUGGAAAACCACAACUCUCACAGCCAUACGAGCAGAGGCAAACCCUCUGGCUGAUGUCCAUCACUACUUCGGCAACAGUAUCCAGGCAACUGAGCAUCACAGGGCAGGAUGCAGAAAAUCAAAGAACCGGCAUCCCAUCUGAUUAGCUUUUGAUUACAUUUUGUCAGACUACCCGAGGCAGUUGAACGAUGUUAUUUUGCCAUUAUCAAUAAAUUUCCAGCUGUUUCCUCACACA